AUAUAUGAAGUGCAAAGUGUGUUCUGUGUAUCGAGACUUUUCUGUUACUCGUUAAUUUUUUUUCGUCACUACUUCAUUUAAAUUGAAUUGAAUGAAUUUAUCAAAUAAAGUAUUCCAUUUAAAUACUCAUUUUUAUUCAUCAUAUUUGUUUUAUAUUCAAUCAGAUCGUGAUAAAAGAUAAAAAAAAUGUCUCAGCAAUUUGUUGGCUGUAUGGUCUCAAUAAAAUGUGUUGAUGAUCUUGGUACUUAUCAGGGUCAAAUAACAAAUUUUAAUCGAGAAACUGUUACUAUUUCAAAAGCAUUUAAAGAUGGUAUACCACAUUCUUCGCAAGAGGUUACUAUUAAUGCCAGAGAUAUACAAAACUUGGAGAUAAUAUCAACAGAAGAAGCGGGAGCUAAAGAAGAACAAAUGGAGAGUAAAGUUACUGUUAAAAGGCCUAUUGCUAAACGUGCUAAUAGAUCUGUAUCAGAAUGUAUCCCACCUUCAACACCUCCAGUUAAUCAGAAUCAGAAUCAGAAUCAAGUUCAAGUUCAAGCAAAUUCAGUUAAAAAAACUGAGCAAAGUCAUCCUGAGUAUCCAACUAAUGGACAAGUUCUUGCUGCGGAGACAAAUGCUAAAUUUAAUCAGAAAAAAGUGAUACAGAGAAAAGCGCAGGGCAGAGAUGUACUGGCCUUUGGUACUCCGAUAGACCAGUUUAUGAACCAAGAAUUUGAUUUUGAAAAAAAUCUAGCAUUGUUCAAUAAAAAAGCGGUGUGGGAAGAAAUAAAUUCAUUGAAACCCGGGAUUGUACGAAAGUCGGAGAGUGGUAGAGGAAAAUAUCGCCAUGAUGAGAAUGUCAUCGUGGCAAAACCCACGACAUUGAGACAAAUAAUCGUUCCAGUGAGUGAUGAACGUGAAUAUGUGACGGACGAUGGUCUGGUGAUACCCAGUAUCACUGUCGAUCUUCACAGACAGUUAAUCGGCGCCGCUGAUCGUCUUGGAAUAAGUUGGGAAAGACGAGUCGAAUUAAUGGGACGAGCCGGAGCAGAAAUAAUUAUCCAAUUGCUGGGUGGCGCUCAUCGAUUGAAUCCUAAAAAUGCUCAUCAGUGGCCGACAAUUGUUGCGCUGUGCGGAGCUCAUCGUACUGGAGCUGCUGGAGUUAAUUGUGCACGACAAUUGUCAACUCACGGUAUUAGAACAGUUGUUUAUGUUGAAAAUUCCGAAAAUAUAUCAUUACUACAAGAGUUAUCGUUAUACAAAAUGACGGGUAACAAAGUUGAGACUAAAAUAGACAAAUUAGCGUCAGUUGUUGAUCUGAUAAUACUUGCGCUUCAUGACGAGCAUUCACCGAAAAAUAGUAUUCCAGCGGUUGCCAAAUGGGUCAAUAGUAAUAAAGCUCCUGUCCUUGCUAUCGAACCUCCUUCAACUGGUACUCCGGGUAUCUUAAGUAAAUUCAGUCUUGUCGGCGGAUUACCAUUGUCACAUAGUCCUGAUAACGGGAGACUGUACCUCUGUAAUUUGGCAUUGCCAACAAAAGUUUUUACAGACGUUGGGAUUACAUAUCGAUCGCCAUUUGGACCAAAAUUCGUAAUCCCACUUCACUAUGAUGACUCUUAACAUAUUUUUUUUUUCUAAAUGACCAAUACAAUGUAUUUGAUGACAUUAUAGUGAGUUUAAUAUGACAGUGACAAUUUAUUUUAUUUAAUAAUAAUUAUAAUAAUUAUAAUAACUAAUAAUAUAUUGUAAUACUGUCUUAUUUAAAUCUAAAAUAAUUCAUUAUUUCAUUUUUUUUUUUUUUUUUUUUUUUUUUUGUUCAAUUCAUUCAUUAAAUCAAUUACUUAAUUUUUAAUCGUUCAAUUGAGUUUAUAAUUUUUUAAAAAUUAUUUUUCAAUAGAUUUAAGGUGAGAGACCCAGUACCCGGUCAGGGAACUAGUACCUGAUCAGGUACGAGGUCUUUUACUUUAGUUUACAUAAAAACAUUUUUUUCAUCCUUAAAAAAUAUAAACAUAGACCUGAAGAUCGUAACGUUUUGCGCAACGAAAAAAAAAAAAUUGAUAGUAAAAAAUCUACUGGAUUAGAUUUGAUAAAAGUCGAAUAUAGAUGCUGGUAUGUCAGCUGAAAAUCUUAGGCCCCCAACUUCCGGAACUACGAUUUAAGCCAAUCUUGUUGCGCGAAAAACGUUUCGAUCUUAAGGUAUAUAAAUAAAUAGACAUUGAUAUACUUUAAUAUAUGUACAGAUAUAUAUUAAAAAUAUCAAUAAAAAAAUUGUUAAUAAAAUUACUACGUUUACCUAAACAUUACGUACUGAAACAGUUAUUUAAUUAUUUAAUUAGUGAAAUAUUCUUUUAAGUACUCAGUUAAAAAAAAAAAAAAACCCUCAUCUUGAUAGUGAAUUUUUAUAAAUAAUUUUAUAAAUUAUUUAUAAAAACGUAUCCAAUUACUGAGUGUAUGAUACAUAAAUUUGUUGUAAUUGUCGUUAGAAAAAAAUAACGUUUUUUUAUAUUGUAAAUUAAUGAGUUGCGUCUCGAAUUAUGUGCGAUGUCACACUCUGAUAGUUAAUAAUAAUAAAAUUAAAAAUUAUAUACGUUAAAAAUUUCCAAUAUACAUAACUACUUAUUGUUAUAUUAUCGUGUUUAUCCUUCAGCGAUCCCUCUUAAUAUAUAUUAUAAGUGAUAUGACACAAAUGAAAAGUGAAAGCUAUAUGUCAUCACAACAGCGAUUACUUCAGUCUUAAGCUUUUUAUGUCUUAUAUUUUAUGUUAAAUGAAGAUAAUGAGGAACAAUAUUAUUAGAUACUUGUUGUGUCUUAAAUAAUUUAAUAAAUAAUUUAAGUAUGAUAUUUUUUAAACAGCUCAAGUAAUUGGUAAAAAUUAUUUAUAAUUUACCAGCGAGUAUGGUUCGUUAGCUACUAAGUAUUAAUUAUUAGUUAAAUUAAAAGUACUUCCGUUUUGAUUUAUUUUUUAUUAAUCAUGACCUUGGCCACAGUGGCUUUAUUUUCACAUUACCGUUAAUUAAGAUUAUCGAGUAAUGUUUUAUGAAGAUAUUCAUAUAUAGAAUUAUCUUAGUUUUUUUUAGUAUUAAAUUUUAUUAUUUUUUUUUUUUAUUUUCAUAUCGUAUGCGUUAUCUUUAUAUAGGAUUAAAAUACAAUACUGUUAUCAAUUCAUCGUCGUGGCAGACAGUCGUAUGUUGUUUCUUGUGAAAAAGUUAUUUUGUGAAAAGCGUUAAUGUGACACGAAAAUAAUAAAUUUAUAUUUUUAAAAUAUCUGUAACAUAAAAUAUUUAUAAUUUAUUAUGAUUAUUGGAUAUAAAAAAUUGACUGUUCAAUAAUUUAAAAUAAAA